AAUUGCCACCUCCUUCACGGAAGCGUUUCUUGAAUCCUGAUUGGUUGUUCAGCGCGCCUUACCAAAUACUCAAUCCGAUAAGGUCUCUACUUCACCUCCGUCAUUCUCUUUCUCUCUCUCAAUCCGAAUCCUUCCGCUUCAUUAUUUUGCUUGGAUGUGCAGGUUUUUUUCCGGCUCUCUGGUGCUUGGAAGUAAUUUAUGGCUUCAACAGUUCUGAAUGUGCCGAAUAGUGUUCGAAGAAUUACCGGUUUGGAUUGCGGUUCCUAUGUCGGCCUAAGACAUUCUCCAGAUUCAAAUUUCCUCUGCGUCCGGACCUCGGCCAAUGUGCGUUCUCCGCGUCUUUUCGUUGUUAGAGCUAGCGAUGGGGGGGAUGCACCUAUGAAGAAGCUAGGACGAAGUGAUGCCGAAUGUGAAGCCGCUGUCGUGGCUGGCAAUGUGCCAGAAGCGCCUCCUGUGACGCCAAAACCAGCAUCGCCUGCUGGAACUCCAGUGGUUCCUUUGCUGCCUCUCAGCCGUCGUCCCCGCCGUAACCGGAGAUCCCCAGCACUCAGAGCAUCAUUUCAGGAAACCAACCUAUCACCUGCUAAUUUUGUAUAUCCACUUUUCAUUCAUGAAGGUGAGGAGGACACACCGAUUGGAGCUAUGCCUGGAUGUUAUAGACUUGGAUGGAGACAUGGACUUUUGGAAGAGGUUUCAAAGGCUCGGGAUGUUGGAGUCAAUUCUGUCGUGCUAUUCCCCAAAGUUCCAGAUGCGUUGAAGAAUCCAACAGGGGAUGAAGCUUACAAUGAUGAUGGUUUAGUGCCUCGAACAAUUCGUUUGCUCAAGGACAAAUACCCUGAUCUUGUUAUCUACACUGAUGUUGCUUUAGAUCCGUACUCUUCUGAUGGCCAUGAUGGUAUAGUUAGAGAGGAUGGAGUUAUAAUGAAUGAUGAGACUGUACAUCAAUUAUGCAAACAGGCUGUCUCCCAGGCUCGUGCUGGAGCAGACGUUGUCAGUCCUAGUGAUAUGAUGGAUGGUCGCGUAGGAGCAAUUAGAAGGGCUCUUGAUGCUGAGGGAUUUUAUCAUGUCUCCAUCAUGUCUUACACAGCAAAGUAUGCAAGUUCAUUUUAUGGUCCAUUCCGUGAAGCACUGGAUUCGAAUCCUCGUUUUGGAGACAAAAAGACUUACCAGAUGAAUCCAGCAAAUUAUAGAGAGGCUUUGAUUGAAACCCGUGAAGAUGAAGCUGAAGGAGCUGAUAUUCUUCUGGUGAAACCUGGUCUACCCUAUUUGGAUAUCAUAAGACUUCUCAGGGAUAGUUCUCCUUUACCUAUUGCAGCAUAUCAGGUUUCGGGUGAAUACUCGAUGAUCAAGGCUGGAGGGGUUCUCAAAAUGAUCGAUGAAGAAAAGGUCAUGAUGGAGUCCCUCAUGUGUCUCCGACGGGCCGGAGCAGACAUAAUCCUCACAUAUUUUGCUCUACAGGCGGCUAGAUGUUUGUGCGGUGAGAAGAGGUGAAACUUGUUAACCAUGUGCUGUUCUAGAGGAUGUUAAGUCGUCAAAACUUCAAAUCCGAGUGAGUUCUCUUGUUCGUAAUAAAAUCUGUAACAUAGUUAGAAAAUUCUGUUUCGUAAUUUAAUUCAAUGCCCAGUUUGCCAAUA